AUGGAUCCCCGCUACUCUUCUUCGCGCUACACCGGCACUCGCCCACGAUCGCCUACCUAUAAUCCGGCGAGAGCGUCGAUGCCCACCAGCAUCGGUUAUAGCUCCAUGUACGGAGGCGACAUUCACGUCAUGCCUACCUCUACGAGGUACACCCCGACGACCUCUUCUUCCUCAAGAGGCCAUCACCAUUCUCACUCCACCACUACUCCGACAACCACCACCACGUACGCUGUCACCAAGGAUCCUCUGGCCCGCGGUCCCAGCCUGAGAGAUGUGAGCCGCAACCGGGCAGGCCGUUCUACAACUCUUGACUCCAGCGCUCCCCGCCCUGUCAUCGUCACUACUACGACAAGAACACCUCAGCAGGCAAGCUCUUCUUCGCAUCACUCUUCGAGCAACAGACACUCCAGCCCGACCCGCGACGAUUACCGCUCCAGCGACAGCACCUUUUACACCCAGCCGGCGUCUUCUAUACGUUCCCGAAGCCACCAUCGCGGUGGCUCUUACAGCGCAACAAUGGAUAACGAAGAGUUCACUCGCCUUCGCGAACGAACUGUCGACGGUCGGCUUGAUGCAUACCGCCCAACAAGAUCGUCCACCCUAUAUGCGAACAGCUCUCGUCACGGCAAUGCUCCCAUUGAUUACGGAGCCACUGAUGGCUACGAAUACACCGCCCCUGGCGACCUUGCUCGCUACGACUUGGACCACUCUCGUCCCCCCUCCAGAUCUCGCAGACGAGAGAGCAUUGACCGUGGUUACUACCGCCCCAGUGUCAACGUGACCACUACAGAUCCUGUCAGUCGUCCGUACAACGACACUGGCCGUCGCGGCGGCCCUCCGCCGACGACUUGGGGUCUCGACAAGAUCAAUAAAUCAACCACCAACGUGUAUGACUCAGGGCAAGGCUCUAUCCCGCCCAUUGUUCCGGCCGCUCCUGUUCACAUGCAGGUUCCUCCAAGCCCUAGGGAUCGACGUUCCGCCGGUAUCCCUUCGUCUUUGGAUGUGGCCGCACCGUCCGUCGCAGCCGCAACAGUAGCCGGUCCCACUUCAUCUCGUCGCCCUGUAUCUGUGUACAAUGAGGGAACAGCUCCGCGCUCCAUUCACCACGAGGAUUAUUACCGCAGCCGUGAGGAUGACCGUGUGCAGCGACAAGCAAGAGAGGAUCGCCCUUAUGACGCUACUUACGGUAGUGGCGACUACUUCCAUGAUGAUGCCGUGUCCACGCGCGGCUUUGGCAUUCGCACGGAUUCGGCUCCACUUGGAGGCGAUUUUGAUGACCCACGGAACCCACGUAGAGAGGUCCGUCCCGAAUCCCGCACCGGGUACCGCCCGGAGUCUAGAACCGGUCAUCGGACUUCACCCCCGGACACAAAGAGAGGCUCUGAUGAUGAAUCAAGGAAGAAGCGUGACUCCGCACGACUCGAGCCCGAAAGAGAAAGACACAGCCGACGGAUCAGCACCGCCAACGAUGAUGAAUCCGAGCGAACCAGGUUUCGGGACAAAGUAAGCGCUGGUCUCGGACUGGCUGCUACAGCAAUCGGCCUUGGGCAGGCUGUGAAGGAAAAAGAUGAGAAGCCCGAGAGAUCCGAUAAGCCUGAGAAGGAAUCCCGAGAGUCACGGCGUCGCAACGAUGAAGACGAGUCAGGAACGCGCACCGCCGAUAGGUACAAGCCUAGAGAUGAGUCUCGCGACCCAAGGGACCGCGCACCUGUGAUCGUUGAGACCCGCAGAGCACCCGCUGACUCGGAGGCGGAUACUCGUGAGCGUGACCGCGGCGAGCGGGAAAGGGAAAGGGAGCGGGAUCGGGACCGGGACCGUCGGGAUGCUGAGGCUCGACUUACUGGCGACAGCGUUCCGUCUUCCCAGCGCGACGGUUCUCCUGACGACGACCUUAAGAAGUCGAAGCGGCCUGCUCAAAAGGCCAUUGGAUUCAACCCCACAAACACUAACGACAUCCGGGAGUUGAAGGAGCAACUAGCAGCAAUGAGGGACGAGAAGCCUAGGGAGAGAGAGAAGGUUCCCAUUGCUGCUGAAAGGUCUGACCGCUCGGAACGUCCAGAGCGCUCUGAGAGAUACGAUGAGCGAUAUGACAGAUCGGAGCGGUCAGAGAGGUCUGAACGGUUGCCGCGAGACGACCGAUCGGAUCAACAAACUUACGCUGAUCUUCCCCUGAGAGACACGAAAGAGCGCACGCCUUCGCCCAGGAAAGAGUCACCGCCCAAGAGGGAAUCACCUGUAACGGUGCCGUCAACUGAGUCGACGAGAGAUGAGUCUCGGGGCCGUGAGGUUACACCGCCUCACGGAGAUGAGAAGCAGGUUCGUGUUGUUUCUCCGCCUCGCGACAAAUCGGACUCGAAGCCACUCAAGGGUAUCCUCAAGGCACCUAGCAAGUUCCCCGAGGAAGACAACCCGAUUCGUGAGGGUGUCGCCCCUCACAAGGAUGACAAGAAACUGAAGGAGGUCCCUCCGGGCGCCCGUUGGACCAAGAUCAGCCGGAAGAUUGUCAAUCCGGAAGCCUUGACCGUCGGAAAGGAACGGUUUGAAGUUCGCGACGACUUCGUCAUCGUGCUCAGAGUCCUCAGCAAGGAGGAAAUUCAGGCAUACGCCGCUGCCACUCAAGUCCUGAGAGAGAGGAGGCGUGAGGAGGCAGGCAAAGACCGCGACCACGAUCGCGAGCGAGACCGUGAGCGCGAUCGGGACCAUGACCGGGGACGCGACAGAGAUGAGGACGAUGACAGGCGAAGACACUACCGCCACCACAGGAGAGAUGACGGGGAUGACGAUCGAUAUGACGAGGAGCGCGAUCGUGAACGCCACCGCAGACAUCGUCGAGACGACGACGACGACGACUAUCACCACCGCCGUCACUAUAGGGAUCGCGACCGCGACCAGGCGGCUAUCGAGGGAUAA